GUGUUUUGAAGAUGAACGGAGGUCUUACGGGUUUGAAACAACAUGAGGGGUUGGAGGAGAGCUGGGAUGGCCUCUAAACUGUUCGACAGACUUCGCCGUACGCUGUUUAAAGAAGGGGAGCUUCCUCCGGAGACGGACGGACACGGAGCAGAUGACUUCCCAGAGAGCUCUGAGCUGGAGGACGAUACAGACUGUGUGUCUGCACGACUCGGAGGAACCCUGUGCUUCGAGGGUGAAGGGGUCCUGGACUCUGAGGACGCAGGAGACGCGUCGGGGCCAGACAGUGACUCUGACUUCUUUGGGGAGUCCAUAGAUAAUGCAUGUAGCAGCACAGAGACCAGCCCAAUAGGGCCUUCCCCAAAAACCUCAAACAUGAUCACCAGACAACUACAAGAAAACUGGAGGAGCUCAAGAACUCGUUGCAUUCCUGAAAAACUCAUUUUUGAGGUGACUGAUGCCAGUGUUGUGCAUGAAACUAAUUCCAAGUAUGUGCUCUACACGAUUCACGUCAUCCAUUCUGGGACGUUUGACAGAACUCCCGCUGUCAUCACGCGGCGCUACACUGACUUCGAACGGCUGCACAGGCGCUUGCGUCGCCGUCACGGAGAUGAAAUGGAUGGCGUGUUCUUCCCUCGCAAGAAGCUGCGCAAAAACUUCGCCGCCGAGACCAUUGCCAAGCGCAGCCGGGCGUUCGAGCAGUACCUGACCCACCUCCGCUCCCUUCCUGAACUACGGAGCACACCUACGUUCCUAGAGUUCUUCUACCUGGGGGAUCUGCGCGCGGGGCAGAUGCUGAUGCGAGUGGGCCGCUACCAGGACGCCCUGGGCUCUCUCCUCAAUGCUCUGCGACUCCAGGAGAAGUUAGGAUGCCAUCAGCUCCUGCAGCUCAACCAGCUCCAGCGGGUUCAUUGGUUCUUCACGCUCUCCGCCUUGGUCACCUGCUUUCAGGAGCUAGACCAGCUCAGUGAGGCUCAGGAACACUGCGACCGAGCCCUCCAGGACCUAGCGCCUUCCCAGGAGGCUUUGCAGCAGCACCAGUUGCACCCUCUGCUCAUCCUGCUCCUCCAAUCCAACGUCAGGCUGUCCUGGAAGAUCUCGAAGGACAAGAGGCGCUGGGAGGCUCUUCUGCGGGAGAUCCAGGAGCAGGGGAUUGAUGUCGGGAAUCCGCUAAACCUGAAGGAGUUUCUGAUCAAAGAGAGCAUCGAGGACAGCGAGGGGCUGGUCAGGGCCAAGAGCAAAAGUGAAGAUGUCCCGUAAGCAUUCAGUAGUAAUUUUUUUUGCAGUUUUGAGGGAUGUUUCUGAAAUAUGUGUGAUAUUACUAAGGAAACCUGUGGAAUUAAUUCAAACUAUUAUAAUGCACAACACACCUAUCACUUUGAAACACGCAUGCAUUUCAUUGGCACAUUUCAGUAGCGUAUAUUAUAGUCUUAUUUUUUUUUUUUUUGGUAACACUUUAUUAUAUAAUUCAAUUUGUUUACAUUACUUAAAGGAAUAAAUACUCAAAAAUACUCUACUCGCCCUCAGGCCAUCAGAGAUGUAGAUGAGUUUGUUUCUUCAUCAGAACUGAUCUGGAGAAAUGUAGCAUCACUUGCUCGCCAGAGGAUCCUCUGCAGUGAAUGGGUGCCGUCAGAAUGAGAGUCUAAACAGCUGAUACAAACAUCACAAUAAUCCACACAAUUCCAGUAUAUCGAUUAAUGUCUUGUGAAGGUAUUUUAACAUUACAAACAUGCAGCUUUUUGCUUCAUAAGACGUUUAUUGAAGUCAUGUGGAUUUGGACUCUCAUAGUGACGGACGCAUUCACUGCUAAAUAAUGUUACAUUUCUCUCAUCUUGAAUGGCCCAACAGUAAUUCAGUUUUGAUAUUUGGGUGAACUAUUCCUUUAAUGCAUUACAAAUUAAUACUUUCAGCCAGCAAUAAUAGUGUAAUAUAUGAAAAUAACAUUCAACUAGAUUAGUAAAUGCUAUAAAAAGAAUUAUGGUUUAUUAUAAGUUCAUGAUAGCUCUAGUGAAUUAAUUAAUGUUUAAAGAUUGAACUUUAUUUUUGUAUUCUAUAAAAUAGUGAACUGGGUUUUGGUGUGACACAGAACUAUUUGAACCACUUCAUUCCUCAUUGUCAGCUGUCCUGAGUUGCAGCCCAUGUUUAGAUUGAGUAACCUUGAGCUACAGACACCUCUCCACCUUCAUUCCCUCUAGUGGACAUUGGAAAGAAUUAAGCGAGGCAGUCUAAACUCUUAACUGUGCUGUUUACACUCCGCUUUCUUGGAUUGAUUUUCCAUUUCAGUGAAGAAUGCAAUUUGAAUUUUUAAAGUAAAGGGAAUUUCCUCUUUUGGUGUAAAUUAUGAAUGAAAUUGUCAAAGCCUUCAGAUAUUAAUCUGUUUUUGUGAAGGUGUAAACCACAGUUUUAAUUUUUAUUUUGUUACAGUGCUUUUUUGGAGUACUUUUAAAACUUAUGGUCACAGCAGUUUAUUUAGCCAGUUAAAAAAAAACUCUAACCGGCUUUUUAGGCCUUUUUUUUUUUUUUUUGUCUAGCAUUUUUAUUGAAUGAUUUUGAAUACAGAGAUACAGAAAACACUAUCAUUCCACCAAUACUCUAUAGUUGUUCAUUUUAAAAAUUUUAAUGUUAAAAUCUGAGCCUAUAUUUUUAUACAAUCUUCAUAUAUAUAUAUAUAAUAUAUUUAUAUUUACAUACACACAGAGAGAGAGAUGGACAUAGAUUUUUUUUUUUAACAAAUUGUUGUCCCUUGCAUGCAAAUUCAGAUAAUUUUGUAUACUGGUUAAACGGAUAACUGUUUUCCCCUCUCUGUUACCUACUAAAGUUGAACUUCAAUAUAUUUAUUUAUGUGUUUAUUUAUUAUGGCUGGGCAUAG